AUGGCACCACACGCCAUCGACUCCAUGCCCUCGGGGCAAUGUGUUAGGUUGAUGAGCGAGAAGUUCAUCCACAAGAGCGACAUCAACCAGAUCACACCGCGGAUGGACCAGGGAGGCUUUGGCCACCCUUUCAUUCUCCUGAAGCGGUCGCAUGACGGGUUCAUGGCCCUGAUUGCGUUGAUCUCGUCGUUCGGUUACUCUUCGCGUGGGACCGCGCAAGCUCCAUGGGGGAGGCCAGACCUCAGGAAGAUACAUUCCGACAAGAAGGUUUUCCGCGCAGCCGCCAACUGCAACUCGGAAAGGCCCGAUCCCAGUCGGCCUUUCAUCCAGCUCCAGCACGGCAUCCACUUCAACUUCCCGACCGCCCGGCCUGGGCAGGAGAACAAGCAACUGACGAGGGAGUCCCUCUCUGACCUCCUCGCUCACAUGCGCCAGGCGGCUCCGCAGCGCUGGCGCGACGUCAACAACGCCAUGGUGACCACAGCCACCACCACCGCCUCUGGGCCCUCUCUCACCGGUUUGCCAACGCCGCCGUCGACUCCACCGGCGCGUUUGGCGGCCAGUCCCUCACCACCACCACCACCACCACCACCGCGCCAGAUUGACCAAUCCUGGCGGCGCUCCCAGACGCCAGCGUCGUUUGCGGGCGACACCGAUAAGAGGAAGAGGCGGACGUCGUCGUCAGAUGGGGAAAAGGACUGCAAGGUCCAGAAGGUUGAAGAGUGGAGGCUAUCGGCCGGGCCUGUCGGUCAGUGUUGUGGUGGUGUGGUGAAAGAGGAGGGAGAUGGUAGGCAGUGGUGCACGGUUGUGCAGAAGAGGAAGAGGGGGAAAAAGUGA